GUCUGAAGCACGUCUCAAGCUGAACCCUUCUCCGUAUCGCGAUCAUUAUCGUCAAGUCUCUCGUUAAGUUGCUACAUUAUUAUGUGCUCCAUCACGUCGGCAUCAACACGCCAAUUGCCGUCUGUCCGAGUCUUAUUUCCUUGUUAGCCUGCAUGGAUUGCUCCUGGGUGGAUGAAAAUUGAAAACGCGCCCAGCUCGUAUCAGUCGCCUUCUGCCGCAAAACUCCCUUGCUGUCGCGCGUCCCCAGCCUCGCUCUUUACGUCUACUGAGAAUUGACCUACUGAAUAAUACAAUUGAUACUCCCCAAAUGGUCUCCCAAACCCAAGUUCUCGAGCGCUCCGGACCACCUCCGACUGCUCAGUCGGUCUCGUCGCGCCACUCUCAUGGCCGUCGGCAUCGUCCAGGCCGCUCGCACCACGGUGGCUCUUCGUACCAAGCGCAGAAUGAUUUUCCAAUCUUCACACAGACAGGGGAUGUGGAGAUUGUCAUUCACGCCAAUGGACAGGAGAAUCGAUAUCUCUUACACCGCCUGAUACUGGCGCAAUGUUCAGGAUUCUUCCAAGCGAGUAUGAGCGAAGAGUGGUCGCGGGGCCCCGUUGCUGGCCCUUCGAAGCCAGAUGGCGUGUUGUGGCGAAUUAGCGAAGAUGAUUCUCUUUCAGGCGGGUCUACCCUAGUACAGUCGGAGAAUGGAAGCGUCUUUCAAACGCCCGUGAAGAAGAGAUGGCGAUUUGAACUGGAUUGGGAGAACAAGGCAGAGGACGAAGAGCCAAUACUGGUUCAGAGGCCACCCAGCUCUCCCAUUGUGCUUGGCAACGAUAUCCCUUCUCCUUCAUCGAUGACAAAACCUUCUGCUCCGCAAGCAGGUUUCUUCCGUUCAAUAUCGCAUCUUGCGGGAAUGCAAUCGGCAUUAAACCUGCCGAGCGCAACCGACAGCGAGAGGGUCGAUAUGGAUCCUCUAAUUCGUGACUACGAUAACCUCUUCCGUUUGUUCUACAACUACCCUCCCGUUUUGAACAGUGUCAACAUUGCUUCUGCGUAUACAGAAUGCAAGUCCCUUCUGGCGUUGGCUGACAUGUAUGAUGCGUUAUCGGUGACUGGGCCGCGAGUCGACCACCAUCUGCUGGGUUUUGGAUCUCGACUCUUCAAACAGAUAGCUAAAUACCCUCCAAGCUACCUCAAAUUAGGAUAUUUAGCACGGAGUCGGGUCAUUUUUACCGAGGCUCUUAUCCAUGUAGUUGGACAAUGGCCUGCAGCAUUGCCUCACCUACGGAAUGGAUCAUACACUCCGGUCCCCACGUCAGUGCUUGAUCUCAUCGAAGACAAGGUUGAGGACUUGGAAGACCUCAAAGCGCGCGUGGAAUCAAAGCUCUUUCGCCUGACACUUACCACAUCCCGUGGGGAGCGCGUCAAUCCUAACAAUGCAUACCUUGACUGGCUAGCUGUCUCCUUAUUCCGGCAGUGGCUGGUCGACAGCACCACACCUCCACCGGCCCCAAUUCUCAAGACGUCUAACAAUACAAACUCCGCAUCCCAUAGCGGCCGUUCCCCACGUGCUCCAAGUCAACGUUCUCAAGCCUCCGGGUCUUCGACAUUGGGAACGCCUCCCACCACCGUCAGCUCCUCUGUACCAGUACCACCUGCGUCGAUCUACCGCCUCAUCGGCUCGCCUUCAACACAAGCGUAUCUACCUCACGACGAACUGAAAAGAUUCCUCAAAGUACACCCCACGUCAUCGUCAGAUUGUCUAUAUACGCGAGACGUGUUGAAACGGUUCGAACGAAAAAUGGACGAAAUCAAACGGCUGGCACGCGAGAUCGUCAAACCGCUCUUGAGAAACUUCCUUGAAUUGGAUCUGAAAGGCGGCGAGCUUGGUAGCUACCGAAUAGGCGAUGCCUUGAUCUCUUGA